UUGCAACUCCCAACUCCUUGGCCACAGAUAACCUACCUACGAUUGGCAAAGCCAUUCUCUGAGUGUUCAUUGGCACUCCAGAGAGCGAAGGUCUAGAGAGGCAAACGUUACCUAGACCCUGGCAGAACUCGCGGUGGCCAGCAAACAAACUAACGUUCUUCGGUGGACGGCUGAGCAUCUAGAGCCCCGCCACAUGCAAAGCUCCCGAACCCAAGUCACCUAGCUCCCGAUGACGGCGGGGAACCCCUGAUUCUCAUUCUCUCAUUCAGCUUUCUCGCCAUGUCCUCCUGUCCGCUCGCUCUGUGUUCGGCGACGCGAGCUGAGGACAGUCUCGAAUUGUCAUAAUGUCGGCCGACCUCUUUGCGGCAUUUGGAGACUCGCCGCAAACAUCUGGCACCCAGCAAAGCCAGCCUACGCCAAGUGGCAUAUCGGCCACCGCCACGCCGGCCCCAAGUGAUCCUUUCUCGAUAUUGAGUGUCGAGUCUUCUGCUUCACAGACGCAGGGCAUCCAGAAAACCGCGCCAUGGACAUCGCUCCAGCAGACUACGGCAGGUCGGCAGACCGAUUUGCUCCGUGUACAGGCCGCCCAGCCACAGAUGAGCACGGGCUGCGCAGAUCUCAGUAGUCUAGGAGGCCAAGGAGCUUUUCAGGAUCAGGGUCUCUCGCUCCCAGGCGCCCAGAAGACAGUACAACCGGACGAGGAUGACGAUACCUGGGGUGAUUUCGAGGUGGCUCCUACCACUUCCCCUCCUCCGCCCGCUGUCUCGGCCUCUAUGGCCCAACCACCACGAGCCCGUGUCACAAGAGCCUCGACUCUUGAUAUUUUGAGCAACAAGCUGCUCGACUUGGCGGUGGAAACGCCUGCCCUUGAGCCUUGGCAGGAACGGCCGUCGUGGGAGAAACCUGCCCGUACUGAGGAGUCGCCGAGACCGGCGCGCAACCCGGACCCAAAUGUCCUUUUCGAUGCCGACUUCGAAGCGGAAGGUGACGUAGAUAGCACUGGUGACGACGAGUUUGGGGACUUCGAAACUGGGACGGAUGGCUCCAAAACUCACCAGGCCGCCACAGCGAAACCAUCACAGGAUCUCCUGCUCUUAGACCCCACCCCAGCACCGACAAAGAAACAACCCCCAGGUUUAGUUCUGUCAAAUACAGCUCUUCCUGGGAAGGCCUCAUCUUAUCCAGAGGCACCAAAGUCCCCUUACGGUUCUUUUCAGGAACGGAAGCCCGAACCGGUGAAACAGCUCCAGGUGCAGCUUCCUACCGCAACAAGAGUCCUCUCAGAGCCUAACCAGGCCUCGCCCUCCCCGGUGACUGCCUGGCCCUCCUUCGAGAAUGAUGACAGCUUCGGAAACAAAUGGGAGGAAUUCAAGGACCUCCCCGAUAUUGCACAGACCGCCGGUUCAAAACCCCUGACAUCUAAAAACCCUUCAAAAACGAAGUCUAAUCCGACCCCAGCUUCGGCCGCUGCCCCUGAAUGGGACUGGCAAGACUGGGGCGGGACAGACGAUGUAUCCGCCUCCCAGAAGACUGGUAAAACCAACUACACGGCGCAAUGGCGAUCUCAAUCCCGCCCACCACCCUCCCCAGCGCCCGACAAAUCAGGCCCGCCGCCGACCAACAUCCCGCCGCCCGCCAUCCUCCUCUCUCUUAUGCCACAGCUACUCAAUCUGGCCUCCGCCUCCUUGCUCAAGCCUCUGCUCACUCUUCCCUCGUCCUCGGCAGCAUACCAGCACGUCGUCUCUUCCCCAAACACGCUAGCCUUUUUGCGGGCCUAUCUGAUGUUAGCCACUGUCGCGGCGCGCCUCGUCGCAGGUCGCAAGCAGCGCUGGCACCGCGACAAGUUCCUCUCGCAGGCCAUGUCCAUCUCAGCCGCCGCAUCGUCCUCGGGCGGGCGCGGCAUGAAGCUCGCCACCGUAGACCGUUCCCAGUCGGCCCGCGAAGACAGCGAGGCCGGCGAGGUGGUGACCGCGUGGAAGGCGAACGUCGGCCGGCUGAGGGCUGUCGUCGCGGCCGUCAACGCCGCGCAGGGCGCUAGUCUGAGGGUUCCUGACGUUGGAUCAUUGGCCGUGUCGACGGCCAAGGGGGUGCCCACUGCCCCGCGGGCGUGCGUCGUUUGUGGCCUGAAGCGCGAUGAGCGGGUCGCGCGGGUCGAUGUGGAGGUGGAGGAUAGCUUUGGGGAGUGGUGGGUCGAGUUCUGGGGCCAUCGAGAAUGCAGGAAUUUCUGGGUUGAGCAUGAGAAAGAGUUGAGGCAACGUUAGUCAAUGUCGGUCAGGUUUGCCCAGGAUGGGAUAUCACGGGCGGUAAUAUGCUGACUGCACAGGGGAGACAUGGACACACAGUCAGUUGCAUCGUAAAUUAACCGCUUGUGCGAACUUGCAGUUGGGGAUGCAAUAGCAACACGGCUGCUGAUAGGUUACGUAAUUAUCAUAUUGGAAACAGAUGUAACUCACUGCCAACUGCCUCGGUUUUCUCUCGUACAGAGCACUUGAGGUUGUUUAAAACAGGGGGCCAAGGAGGUCUCUCAGGGGGCCAAUGCGGAGAAAGGGU